AUGGAAGGACAUAAUGGACUCUGUUCCAAAGGCUUCAGGUCUUGUUUAUUCAGUAAUGGUACACGGCUAAGCACACAGCCUGGUGAAGAUUUUGUGCACUGUACUCAAGAUAGCCAUUGGAUUGCUAAUCAGUUUGACAGCGGUUCUAGCGGUAUUAGGCGUGUUAGCGGUUUUAAGGGCAAGGCAAAUGAUUCAAGACGACAACGAUUCAGCGAAGGGAGAAAACCUAUGGACAUGGCAAUUUCACACCUUUUCAGAAACUCAACUUCACGGUUGAACAUACACAAGAACAUUGUACGGUUCUUGGGAUGUUGUUGGAACAAGAAGAACACGAGGCUUCUUAUGUAUGAUUAUAUGUCGAAUGGGAGUUUGGGAAGUUUUCUUCACGAGGGGAGUGGUGAAUGUAGCUUAGGAUGGGAGGUUAAGUACAGGAUUAUACUUGGUGCAGCUCAGGGUUUAGCUUACUUGCAUCAUGACUGUGUUCCUCCCAUUGUUCAUAGAGACAUCAAGCUUGUUGAUGAUGGUGACUUUGCUCGUUCUUCCAAAACCAUUGCUGGUUCCUAUGGUUACAUAGCUCCAGAAUACGGAUAUUCAUUGAAGAUAGGAGAGAAAAGUAACGUGUAUAGCUACGGAGUUGUGGUCCUAGAGGUACUAACGGGGAAGCAACCGAUCGAUCCAACGAUACAAGACGGACUACACAUAGUAGACUGGGUCAAGAAGAUGAGAGAUAUACAAGUAAUCGACAAAGGAUUGCUAGCAAGACCAGAGUGUGACGUCCAAGAGAUGAUGCAGACGCUAGGAGUUGCGCUUCUCUGCGUUAACACAAUGCCCGAAGACAGGCCCACAAUGAGAGAUGUGGCUGCUAUGCUUAGUGAGAUACGUCAAGAAAGAGAGGAGUCAACGAAAGGUGUUGAAAAUAAUGGUUGCUCGGGAAGCUGUAACAACAAUGGAGGAGAACGAAUAGAUGAUUCUUCACCUUCCUCUGUUGUGCAGCAAACGGCUAAGUAUUUGAGAAACAGUAGCAAGAGUUUCUCUGCGUCGUCUUUGAUGUACUCUUCUUUCUACUACUACUAG